GUUUUCAAAAAUUAUUUUCAACAAUGACAGGUGCUCUCUGUUAAAUUAAAUAUAAAACAGUGAUUUUUUUUUACAUUUGGUAAUUAGAAAGUAUUAUAUAAUUAAAAUUAAGUGAUAAGUGUAUAAAACAAAAAUAAGGGUUAGAAAAAUUUUAUGAUAGAAAAGGAGAGUGAAGUAAUGGAGACAUAACCUUACUUUUGAAAUCGUAUAUGUCAGCGACAUUUGUUGAUUUCUAUUCCAACUGUUAUUUCUAUAUUCCAAGUGUUUAAAAAAAAAAAUUGUUUCAUUAUUGGUUUUUUUAUUUGCAAUGAUCGGGGUUCAACAGACCAACAUUAGUGACUAAUAUCCGCGUGCUGAUAUGGAAAGAGGAGGAUAAUAUUAUCUCUUGAAACAAAACUUCCUCUUUUCAAUUGUGUCAACAUUAAUACUUUAUAUUAAUACUGUGAAGUAAUAUCUUAAAGAAUUUGUAAGAAUAAUUUAUUCAUAUCGAUGAAAGCGAAAUAAGAGCUCUCAUCUUCUCAUUGUACAAAGGAGCACAAAGACGAAAUUGGAAUAUCAAACGUUUGUCAGUAUUAUAAAAAAAAAAGAAAUAAUGGAACCUGAUCAAGAAACUGUGACAGGAGACUAUACGGAAGUAAUCAGAAGACUUUCGCUACCUGUUAAAUUAGGAUAUGGUGUUGGACAUGUCCUCAACGAUAUUUGUGCCUCAAUGUGGUUUACCUACCUGUUAGUAUUUUUUCAUUUAGUCUUAGGAUUCAGUCCUCUUAUGGCUGGAGUUAUUUUAUUAAUCGGACAAGUUGCUGAUGCAUUAGCAACACCUUUUGUUGGUUAUCAUUCUGAUAAUUCUGCUAAUUUCUGGUUAUGUCGUUAUGGAAAAAGAAAAACAUGGCAUUUAUUAGGGACAAUUUGUGUGAUAUUUGCUUUUCCAUUUAUAUUUUCCCCUUGCAUUGAAUGUGAAAACGCACAUGAAUGGUCACAAUUGAUUUAUUACGCGGCAUUUGUUGUAAUUUUUCAAUUUGGAUGGGCUUCCGUACAAAUUUCUCAUUUAUCUUUAAUUCCCGAUUUGACACCAACUGAACAUGAAAGAACAGAACUCACAGCAAUAAGAUAUAGUUUCACUGUAUUUGCAAAUGUUCUUGUUUACUGCAUAUUUUGGGCAGUAUUACACAUAACUAGUGAAGACUCAGCUACAAAUCAAAUUGGACCAAAUGAUGCGCCUAAUUUUCAAAAAAUUGUACUUAUCGGAAUGUUAAUUGGUCUUAUUGCAUCUGUGAUAUUUCACAUUUCGGUUAAAGAAGAAACUUCUGGCGCUGUUACAGGCGCCUCACAACAAAGAACUCGUCCUAUUUCGGAAUUAUUCAAAGAUUUACAAAUGUAUAAAGUUGCUGGUUUAUACAUGUCAACAAGAUUGUUUUUAAAUUUAACACAAAUUUAUGUACCAUUAUAUUUACAUGAAACACUGCACAUGGCUGCUACUUCUCUGGCUAUUAUUCCAUUAAUUAUGUACCUGAGUAGCUUUAAAGCGUCAUUAAUUAUCAAAUAUUUAAAUAAUACAUUUGGUAGAAAAAUUGCUUUUACAAUUGGUGUAAUUCUUGCACUAUUUGCCUGCGCGGCAAUUAAAUUUGGACAUGGACAUUUCUUUGUCUCAUAUGGAAUUUAUCCGGUAUCUCUUGUUUUAGGAAGUGCGGGAUCUUUUAUGCUUGUCACAAGUCUUGGCAUAACGGCAGAUUAUAUUGGUGAUAAAUCAGAAGGUGGUGCAUUUAUUUACGGUCUCAUGAGCUUUACAGACAAAUUGAGCAAUGGUUUAGUCGUUAUUGUUAUACAAUUUUUGAAGCACAAGGGACAAAGUCCGGAUUAUUACUGUAAUAUUCUCACUUUUGUUUGUGGAGGAUCAGCGCUUUUUGCCCUAUUGAUACUGAUUUUCAUCAAACCAUUUCAACAAUAUUCUGCUUACAGGAAUUUUAAUCAAGAUACUUUGGAUGACGAGAACACAACUAUACAAAGUUAAUUAUCUCUAAUUUAUAAAAAAAAAAAUUAACUAGUUUUUCUGCAUAAAAUCAAAUUCGAAAUUAUUGAAUAUGAGUAUUGAAUGCUCACAGUGAAGCUGGCUUCAAAAUGUUUUUUUAAAAAUAAGUUUAUUAAAAAAAGAGAAUAUUUUUUAUGAAAAAAAAAAUAUAAUUUUACUUCAACAUUUUCCAUGUCUUGGAAAAUUUGUACAAAAAAAAAUAUGAAAAAUGUCAGAUUAUGUAAGAAUUGUAAUUUUUUCUUUUUUUAAAAAAAGAACGUUUAUUUAUACUUAAAAAUCGUUUCAAUUCUGUAAAUGUUUAUAUAUAUAUAUAUAGAAACUGAUUAUAAAUUGUUUUUUAAUUAUUUAUAUAUUUUACAUUAAUAUUAAUUCUAUCGUUUUAGUAGCUUUUACUUUCAGGCUUCUUUAUCUUGUAAGCGGUCAUGUGAAAUUUUUUUUAACUCUUAUCUGGAAUAUUUAUUAGUUUCUAAUUUUUAUUUAUUUUUUCUGAAGUGAGCAAGAAUACGCAGUGAGAAUAACCUAAUGGCUAACCUAACUGUCAGAGUGUUCACGUCACAUGAUAUAGCUUGCACUCACACAAUUGCGUCCCAAAAGCAUUUCACUCCAUUCAGUCGACUUAAAAUGUAUAUGCGCCGGUGUCGUCAAUUUUGCAAUUAGUGUUUUAGUUCUCUUUUUGGUUUUUGAGUGUGGCUGUUUGGAUCGUUUACGUCUGUUGGCUUUUUUUUUUUUUUAAUUAAUCAUCAAAAAGAAAGGUAU